UCCGGCAAAGCGGAGGCGCGACGGAGAGCACCAGCACUGGGCGGAGAGCGGGGAGCGGACCGCCGGAGUGGGGCAUUGCGGAGAGCGAGGGCCGGACCGAGCCGCCCCAAAGGACCGAUGCGCCGGGUGGGGCGCUGGCCCCGGAGGGCGUGAGCCGCCCGCAGAUUGAGCAACUUAGGAACGCGCAGGCGGAGCGCGGGCGAGCCGGGCGCCCAGGACAGUCCUGCGGCAGGCGGGCUAGCCGGCCGCGCCCUCGCCCCUCCCGAGCCUGCCCCCGCCGCGGCUGGCAGCGCGGAGGUUGGUUUUUGGAGGUGUCCCCGCUGAAGUGGCAAGUUCUCCCAUGUGACACACUCGAGGUGCCUUUGGGGAAAGCUCUCUGGACCUCCCAAUGGGCUGAUGAAGAAGUGGGCUCCCCACACCCUCUCUGUCCCCAACUGAGAUUAUGGUGGAUUUGGGAUACGGCCCAGGCCCGGGCCUCCUGCUGCUGAACCAGCCCCGCAGGUUUUAGCAAGAGCCCUGCGCUGUCCAACCCCCCACCCCCCAAAGACCACCCCUUCUACCAGGGGCCUGAAGCUGGCAAGUGACUAUGCGGCUUGGGCUGUGUGUGGUGGUCCUGGUUCUGAGCUGGAUGCAUCUCGCUGCCGGCAGCCGGGGGAUCAAGGGCAAGAGGCAGAGGCGGAUCAGUGCGGAGGGGAGCCAGGCCUGUGCCAAAGGUUGUGAGCUCUGCUCUGAGGUCAACGGCUGCCUGAAGUGCUCGCCCAAGCUGUUCAUCCUACUGGAGAGGAACGACAUUCGCCAGGUGGGCGUCUGCUUGCCUUCCUGCCCCCCGGGAUACUUCGAUGCCCGCAACCCCGACAUGAACAAGUGCAUCAAGUGCAAGAUUGAGCACUGUGAGGCCUGCUUCAGCCACAACUUCUGCACCAAGUGUAAGGAAAGCUUGUACCUGCAUAAGGGCCGUUGCUAUCCGGCCUGUCCCGAGGGCUCGGCGGCUGCCAACGGCACCACGGAGUGUAGCAGUCCUGCACAAUGUGAAAUGAGCGAGUGGUCCCCGUGGGGGCCGUGCUCUAAGAAGAAGAGGCUCUGUGGCUUCCGGAGGGGCUCCGAGGAACGGACUCGGAGGGUGCUCCAUGCCCCUGGGGGGGACCACGCUACCUGUUCGGACACCAAGGAGACCCGCAGGUGCACAGUGCGGAGGACACCCUGUCCGGAGGGGCAGAAGAGGAGGAAAGGGGGCCAGGGCCGGCGGGAGAACGCCAACAGGAACCCGAGCAGGAAGGAGAGCAAGGAGGCGGGCGCCGGCUCUCGGAGACGCAAGGGCCACCAACAGCCGCAGCACCAAGGAACAGUGGGGCCGGUCACGCCUACGGGGCCCACCUAGGGAUGAUUGUCACCUCCAGGCCCACGCAGGAAGAGUCCAGCGCUGCUCUGUGUGAUGAAAGCUUUACUGAACUGGAGCGCUGGGGGCAAAGCGUGUACGCACUCUCCAUGCAUAUAUGGACACACAGACACACACACACAGGGCCCAUGUUCAAACAUACAACCAACAUA